AUGGAUGGAAAUGAAGAGAGAGAGAGAAGAAGGCGAGAAAGGAAGAAAGGAUACACUUACGGAACUGCUCAAUUCCUUCUGGAUAACAAACAGGAAGGCAAUGUGCAGCAUGUCCACCAUCACUCUUCUCCUCCUCCUGCUCCUCCUCCUGCUCCUCCUCUUACUCCUCCUCCCACUCUAUCCAUUUUGUCUGCCUCUCCUCUUCUCUGUACACCACCAACAGAUCCAAUUUUCAAUGUUCCUUCUUUACCAAAAUAUCCUAGCGAAUAUCCUGCUGUGCUUCUGUUCAUUUUAGUUGGCAAUCCAUUUGGACUAUCAAACAUAUUUCCAAACCCACCAUGCUCAAGGUUAACAUCGGUGAGACGUGCUAUCAACCAAUCAUAUAUCUGCUUGCAGUUACAAGUGUGUUUUAUUUUUAGUCAAGGUCGUUUAGUUGCAUUGACUCCACAAACAAUGGUCUAA